CAUAUUAUAUUCUCACAGGAAGAAUUCUCAUGGCUUCCAUAUCCCAUCUCCAAUUCAGCCUCUUGCUUCUCUCUCUCUUCAAUGUCACUUUGGCAUCUUCUUCCCGGAGUUCUGAUAGAGACGGCCACAACAAAUGGGUAUCGUGGAACAUCAACAAUUAUCGACAGAAGGCGGCAUUGAAAGGCGCAGAAUCCAUUGUUGAAACAUCAUCCCGUGGUGGCCGGAAUGUUCUUGAUGUGAGGCUGAGGCUGGCUGAGAUGAACCAAGUGAUAAUAAGUGUAUGUCAAAAUGGGACUGGUGAUUUCAAGACAAUCAGAGAAGCUCUCAACACCAUCCCGUUAAACAACACUAGGAGAGUAAUCUUGAUGAUCAAACCAGGCGUUUAUAGGGAAAAGAUUAUCAUCCCCAGAGCUGUGCCCUUCGUUACAUUUUUAGGGGAUGCUGGUGAUCCACCAACUGUAACCGGGAAUGACACGGCAUCGUCGACUGGCAGCAAUGGUAGGCCAUUAGGGACAUAUCAUAGUGCAACAGUUGCCGUGAAUGCAAAUUACUUUGUGGCCGUCAACAUGAAAUUUGAGAACACAGCUCCACAUGAAAUUGGAUCCAUUGGAGGACAAGGCGUGGCGCUUCGCAUUUCAGGGACGAAGGCUGCAUUCUAUAACUGCAGUUUCUAUGGGAGUCAAGACACACUGUAUGAUCACAAGGGCAUGCACUACUUCAAGAAUUGCUUCGUCCAGGGCUCAGUGGACUUCAUCUUCGGCUAUGGCAGAUCCCUUUAUGAGAACUGCUAUUUAAAUUCCACAGCCGAGAAGGUGGCCUCCCUCACAGCCCAAAAGCGCACCAAUGCCUCAUUGACAAGUGGAUUUUCCUUCAAAGAUUGUGUGGUAACAGGGAGUGGCCAGAUUUACCUUGGUAGAGCAUGGGGUGAUUAUUCCAGGGUCGUUUUCUCAUACACUUUCUUGGACAAGAUUGUUCUUCCCCAAGGGUGGAGUGAUUGGGGCGACCAAACCCGCGAUUAUAAAGUGUAUUAUGGAGAAUACAAGUGCAGUGGACCAGGAGCCAACUCCACAGGAAGAGUGCCUUGGGCUCGAAUGCUGAGGGAUGAAGAGGCCAAGCCUUUUAUUGGGACUCAAUUUAUUGAAGGCGAUAAUUGGCUCGUAUGACCUUAAUUAUUAGUUUAAUUAACUUUUGCUUCAACCAUAUUUAGUCCUCAAAGUUGAUAUUCUUGAAAUUAAUUAAUUGACAAUUUAUGUAUGAAGUACGAUGGCCAAAAAAAUAAUAUUUA